ACAGGUCACCUGACCAGCACGGAAGUCAACAAACCGGGAGGGCGGCGACGUGUUACGACGGAAUGCACCUGACUUACUCCGCCGUCGCCGUCGUCCGUCUUUCGUUGAACAACUUCAGUUUCAUGCGUUUGAAAAGCGAGCGCUUAAAUGAAACCGUGGGCUUUUCGCAUGUCACAUGACGGACGCACUUUACGUAAGUUAGCCCGCGUCAGUUAGUUAGUUAGUUCACGUUGACGUUCAAACGCACCGUGCGAGGAUGCAGAGUGACUCUCAUCUCUCGAGCGUUAACGUGGUGCUCGUAAUGGCCUUCGGUAGUCUGGUGUUUGUUUUGCUCUUCAUCGUCAUCAAGAGACAAAUAAUGCGAUUUGCCAUGAAGUCUCGUAGAGGUCCACAUGUCCCUCUCGGCCACAAUGCUCCUAAGGAGCUGAGACAAGAAAUUGAAGCCAAACUGGGCCAUGUCCAGAAAGUCCACUUUGAGCCUCGACUGCUUUGGCCAGAAGAUGAUCUGAGACUCAAGACCCAAGACUGCCUGUACCGGGUGAGAGCGCUGGAUGCCAUCAGAGACACUGAUCUCCCUUUCCGUGAACUCGGCGGCACACCCGCAGCUGUGACAGGUAAGAGACUUCGGACGUGGCUUCUGCAGCUGCGAAACUCCCGCUGUGUGUUCCAGGACAGCCUGAGGUCACUCGUAGACACGGUGCUGGAUGGAUACAACAAAGCGCGUCACGGGGCGGAGGCUUUUGGUGAAGCAGAAUUUUUGAAAUACCACGACGCUCUGACUGAAUUGGCCUCUGUCGUCAAGUCUCAGAGCGGCAGCACCACUCCGACCCAGCACCACCAGUCCGCCGCCAAAGACCUAACCAGCCCCACAGAGCCCGCCAGCUCCUCUUCCUCCCCGACCCAGACCACCUACCUCACGUCUUCAAUGCAGCAGCGCAGCAAGCGGCCCAGGAACUUCCUGGAGCUGAAGAACUUCAAAGACAACUACAACACUCUGGACAGUUCGUUCUGAAAUGAUGUCCCAACACAAAAGGUCAAAAAGCAAGGGCGGAGCUGUCGGUGAUUAAAGUGCCUGCAGAGGGCGACAGUGGACCAGAUAGUUUAGAGUAAUGUUAAAAACACUGCCUUAGUGUACCCAAACGUAUAUUCCCUGGUUUACGAUAUAAUGCAUAUCAGACUCUGCAUUUAUUCAUCCUGCAUUGAUGCAUGUGCUUUGUAAGUAAGUAAGUAAGUAAGUAGGGUUGAUUUGACCAAAUCAGAGUUAUGGCGUUAUGCAAUGGCAUAAGACAAUCAGUAUUUAUUGCACAACGUAAAAGCCUAUUUCGACUUGUUACUAUGAUCCAACUGGAUUAAAAUAUGCUCAUAGUUGAUUCUGUUUUGUAAAAACACUUAUUGGCAAUGUUUAAAAAACACACACUGCUUAUGUCAUUGUGUAUGUUUACAUCGAUGUAUGUCACAACUUAUAUUUCAGCAGUGCAAUUUCACGGCCUGUUUUUUCCUUUUUGCCUUAAUCAUCUGUUCUACAGAAGCCAUACUUAAGUGCUAUUUUUUGUGUUUAUUUGUUCUCCCAGUGCAAUGCAAUUGAGCAUUAUUCCAGCAAAUCAAUGCAUUCUGAAUGUUCCACCAGGGGAAGUCUCUUUAUUUUUUAAUAGGUAGACAUGCCUCCAGAUAUCUGAACUCUUGUUUCCUUUGCCAUAAAGCGAAUAAUGGUAUUUUGUUAUUGUUUAAAGUUGCUAUCCAAAUAAAAACAAUGACAGACG